GAGAAUGUGUCUCUAGCGGACAUCCUGUCUCUGCAGGACAGCUGUCUGUGUGAGGAUGAGGUGUGGGGAGUGUGUGCGGAGUGUGUCCUGGCGCUGCAGAGCAUCCGACCCUCCCACCUCUUCCACACACUGUGCAUCACCCCGGACACUCUGGCCUUCAACGCUCAUGGGAAUGUUUGCUUCAUGGAGCAGCUGAGCGAUGAUCCAGAAGGUUCCUUCGUGCCUCCUGAGUUUGACCACACGGGAAGCACGUUUGAGGUGAGAGAUGCUAAGUCUUCCUCUAGACUUUAUUCUGGUCAGUGUCACACAUCCACCCCUGGGACAGUACAUCACACAGUCACAGGCACCUUGGUGAAGUUUGCUAAG